CUCUUGGUUGGUCCCGUGGCCGAUCUUCGGUGAUCACACGGUCUGCCGUCUUGACGUCGUCGUGUUCGGAUCGCGCCCAAGCAAGCUCUCUCUGCUUGCUUGCAGCUCCGAACAUACAAAUGUCAACGCGGCCUUCACCUCACCUGGGACCAGACAGAAUCGCUUAUUUUAACUAACAUUUCUGCUAACACGACCGCCGCGACCCUCCUGAUCCCGAAUUCUGGCAAUGGUGUAAAGCGCCGUUCCGGGCGCGCAGCAGUGGUUUCAACCGUUCCUAUGCGAACGGUAUUACCGGGGAGGCCGCCAGCGAAGCUCCAGACUCUCAGCACCGCGGUCUGGGAGGGACUUCGGAUAGUGGCAUAUGUCUCCGGCCAUGCCCUCGUCAUUCUCAGCGGAGCGCAGAAGCUCCUACAGACUAUCUAUGUGGAUGAUACGGAAUCCCUCGAGGCGGUAGCAAUCGAUGACUCGACUGCUAGUAUUGUCGUAUGCGGAGGGCAGGAUAUAUUCGUCUAUCGUCCGUAUGGGAAUGUGAAAGAUGAGACCUUGAAGUGGUCUCUCGAAUACACGUUCCGGUCCGAAGAUGAUACCGAACCGAUUCGUACGCUGUCGUGGGGUUCUUCGAACGAGCUCCUGGCGGGCAACUCCGCUCUAUCUCUCUGGUUCUUGAACGACGAUAGCCCGCGUCUGAUAUGGAGAAAGAAGCUUGCCAACCCGGUUAAAUUCGCAGAGUUCUCGCCUGAUACGGAAUUGAUCGCCUCGGCAGGAGCGUAUGAUCGUCUGGUCAAGAUAUGGCGGCGGUUGUCUUGGGGUGCAGAUGAUGCGCGAUUCGAGAUAUUCUACCUGCCUCACCCGGCAGCGGUUACGGGAAUACAUUGGCGGAAGCCGUGCCAUAAAGAACAGUCGAUGGAAAAUGUUCUAUACACGCUCUGCGCCGAUAAUAAGAUCCGAGUGUGGGUUUCUGCGGAACCACAUUCGCUUUCGGCCUUGCAGCUCUGGACGGAAAUCGAUAUGAAUUCUUCUAUUCAGCCUAGGAAGGCUUCUCUUUCGAUGAAAGGAUCGCGACGGUACGGUUUCAUCAUCGAUAGUAGAGACUUUACUUCCGCUACGGAACGAGCGGUGCAACGGAGUACGAGUGAGAAGCCGAGUCCUGCGUUGGAACAUCUCAUCGAGGUAGCCAAUAAGAGCCCUGAAAUCUGCGUGGUUAUCGAUGAUAAAGGCCACAUGUCUGCCUGGGCUUUGGAAAAUGUCGCUAGCAAAUCGAAGGCGCCGGCCAGCGUCUUCAACAUCUUGCAUAUCGAGGGUGUGAACUUUUCUUUUAUGUCAGGCUUGUCGCCGGAGGAAGACUAUGCGCGCUUUCAUGCAUUUUCUGGAGAGAAGGAUGACUCGAUCACCAUAUUGGCGCACCACUUUGAUGGCCGGAUUGAGUGGUUCAACUCACACAUUGAUGUGCUGUUUGAUCCGACGCAACGCAAGGACCGAUUAUCAUUGAGGGCGACUUGGUCAGGACAUACGGCUCCUGUCAAGAAAAUCGUUCGCAAUGCAAGCGGACAUGUUGUAGUAUCACGGACAGACGACAACAAUGCAAUGAUCUGGAAGCAAAGACGUGGUAGCCCUGUCUUGUCUCGCCAGAGCUCGAUCCAGUCCGAUGAACAUAUCCAUCGCACCUGUGUGAUCGGAGAUGGAAAAUUCCUCAUCAAUCUCCACCACAACAGCAUCUCCCUUUGGGAUCUGCGCUCCUUCCAUGGUGAACGGCUGGCUGUCUGCGAUUACAAUUUAUCUAGCAAGCCGCUAUGCGUCUUGACAGUCCCCACCACUGAGCCGGACUCAGGAGUGGCUUAUGUCGCUGCGAUCGGAGCAGAUAUGAAAGGUAUUGCUUGGGAGCUGCGACUGCCUGGUGGAAAGAAUCUAGCUAACGGUCAGAAUGGAACUCAUGCCUAUCUGCGGCAGUUCUGUACCUUCAGUUUGGGCGUGGAAGAAGAAGACGUAUCGUACAUCCUGCCUGUCGAUCCUGCGGGUCCCCAGGCAAAGGUAUCAGGAUUUUUGGAUGUCUUUGCGGCUGACAUCGCGCUUUCAUAUACGCAUGGGGGCACUGUGCGGACAUGGGCGGCUAAAGUUGACGCAGAAAAUUCCAAGUUGGAUUGGCUGCUAACGUCGACCGUCGAGACGGGCAUCUCAGAGCCUUCCCUUGCCAGCGGGAGCUCGAUCCGGAAGGCUGCUCUUGUUGAUAAGGAUCGAACACGUCUGACUAUCUGGGAUACCAGCGGUGCGCAGUUGGAAUUCGAGGAAUAUUUCUCGCAGCAAGACGUGAUUCGCGACCUUGAUUGGACAUCAACGCCGGAUAUGCAGUCGAUACUGGCGGUAGGGUUCCCUCACAAGGUCAUUUUACUAUCUCAGCUGCGCUAUGACUAUCUCGAUUCCGGUCCAUCUUGGACGCAAAUCAGGGAGAUACGAAUUCGUGAUCUAACUCCGCACCCAAUUGGUGACUCAUGCUGGCUAAGUAGCGGUCAUCUCAUCAUCGGCGCUGGCAAUCAACUGUUCGUCUAUGAUGAAAAGAUCGAUGUCAGCAACAACCGCCUUGUGAGCGACUUGCGAAUACCUUCCCAUGGCACAUCAACCGUCGAUCUCUUUGAGAUGGUCAGUCGACUAAACGGGCCACUUCCCGUGUACCAUCCCCAGUUCCUUGCGCAAUGUAUACUCUGGGGCAAAAUACAGCUGGUGCAUGCUAUCUGCAUAAACCUCCAUAAAAAGCUGAAGUUUUACACCGAGGGGGAUGAUGUAGAUACGUUCCUUGAGAUGCCUUUGGAAGAUUUCUACGACGAAGCCGAUGUCUCACAGAAGGCAGCACGGAAAGAGAUGCGAUCCUCUAUUCUCGAAUACUCUGCUGACGAGGAAUCUUACGUUGUAGACGAAAAUGUUGCCGCGAUUCUCAAUGAAAACUUGACACGGGUUGCUCUGCCUCAGCUCUCCAGCCAAGAGCAAUUUCGCCUGGCGGACACAAUCGAGUGCAUUUCUACUGUCGAGAAACAUCGGCGGUCCAUGGAUGAUAAUGCUGCGCGCUACUUGCUUUUCUUCCGCCAACACAUGCUGCGAAGAAGCCAAGGAGUCGCAAACAAUCAUAGGGUGUCUUGGCGAGAAAUCGUCUGGGCUUUCCACAGUGGAAGUCAAGAUAUCUUGACGGACCUUGUGGGGAGGCAGUUCAAUGGCAAGAUGCUGUGGAAAAAUGCAAGAGAAGCUGGUUUGUUUAUGUGGUUAUCGGACGUGACAGCUUUGAGAGCGCAGCUAGAAAUCGUCGCCAGAAACGAGUAUACAAAAUCAGAAGAGAAGAAUCCAGUUGAUUGUGCGCUGUACUACCUAGCGUUGAAAAAGAAGAAUGUUCUGCAAGGACUCUGGCGCAUUGCCAACUGGCACCGUGAGCAAGGUGCUACGCAGCGUCUCCUUGCCAACAAUUUCCAGGAAGCGAGGUGGAAGACUGCGGCGCUGAAGAACGCUUAUGCUCUGCUCGGAAAACGGAGAUUUGAGUAUGCGGCAGCGUUUUUCCUCCUCGCGGAUCAUCUCCGUGAUGCCGCACAGGUGUGCAUGAAUCAGCUUGGAGACCUUCAGCUUGCCAUCACGAUAACGCGAGCUUACGAGGGCGAUAAUGGGCCUGUUCUGAAGGAGCUAUUGGAAGAGAGAGUCCUUGUCGAUGCCGCUACUGAGGGUAACAGAUGGAUGGCAUCGUGGGCCUUCUGGAUGCUCAAUCGAAGAGACAUGGCCGUCCGUGCCCUUGUGUCACCGAUUGAAUCUUUGAUUCCGCCUACACCUGCGUCUCCGGGAAGCCCGGGGUUGAUCACACUACAAGCGAAAUCGUACCUUUCCAACGACCCAGCAUUGGUCGUCCUAUACAAGCAACUACGCGAGAAGACGCUACAGACACUGAAGGGCGCCACUGAGGUCCCUCCUCUCGCGGAGUGGAAUUUUGUUCUCCGCAACGCACGCCUCUACGAUCGGAUGGGUUGCGACUUGCUAGCUCUGGACCUCGUGCGCCACUGGGAGUUCCUCCGAGAAGAACAUAAGCCGCCUAAGGGCCUCCCAGCGGAGCCGACGGAGAAGCAAGUGGACUAUCGCAAACUUCUCAAGCGGCGGAGCAGUCUCGUCAUUGCGGAUAUGCCGAUGAGACCUGGCAUCCAAGAGAUCCAACCCCCAUCGACAUCGCAGAAGCCUCCGCCAACGACUUUCCAGGAACCUGAUGCCAAUUCCUUGCUAGAUAGUUUUGGUUUUUGAAAUGCGUCUCCAAGCAUCGGCGUCACGAGCAUCAUCGGGAGUGUACUCUUUUCUCAAUCUUCACGCUACUGUUUUUAGGCAAGGAAAUGUAUUGGCUCGGGAAAUGACACAAAAUAUCUGCAUUGUAUGUAUAUUAGAUUUGCUGCCUUAUUUCGGUGGAGGAUAUUAUGUGAUAUCUA